AUGACUUCUCACCAUAUCUCAACCCACAGAGAAAACGCAGAGAUCCACACCGGCGAGGCACUUUGCAAGCAAAAGUCUGUAGAAUUACUCGAGGAGAUCCACCUCCCCAAGGGUCUCCUCCCUCUCGAUGACAUCGUCGAGGUGGGUUAUAAUCGCAAUACCGGGUUCGUCUGGUUGAAGCAAAAGAAGAGAAAAGAUCACAGAUUUCAUAAAAUCGGACGCCAAGUAUCUUACGAUACUGAGGUGACAGCUUUUGUCGAGGACCGUCGGAUGCGGAGACUGACUGGGGUCAAGACCAAGGAGCUUUUGAUUUGGGUCUCCAUCUCAGAUAUUUAUAUUGACGAGAGGGAUUUGGAGAAAAUAACGUUUGGUAAUCCGACAGGGAUCUCUAGGACUUUUCCAGUUUCGGCCUUUGAGCUUGAGGAGGAGAAGAAGUGA